AUCAAGGGAUCAAGUAUUCUUACCGAGGGUGACAAGAUCACUUUCGGACACACAAAUGGUUACAAGAUCGAGCCGGGCCAGUACUCUCGCCAGCUUCACUCCGAGUUCCAGUUUAUUUUUGAGAAGUUCCAGAAGCGCCAUGAGCUGCCCAAGCACCAGGGCCUGGACAGUGUGGAGUACCACCAAACCAGGACGUGUUGUGGCACCCGCAAACUGCCCUCCUCGCCGGAGUACGACCGCAGCGAGUGUUGUGACACGUUGGACAAACAGGGUGCUUUACGAACGUGUAGAUCUCCCACCAUUCAGGAACACACACUGCCAGCCAGCCCAACCAUACCUGUCACAAGAGGGGAAGAAAACGAUUUAGAAAGUGGUAGAUUGAAAAAUGUAAGUACUGAUUGUCCAAUCCCCAAAGUGUGUCAUGUGCAGAAAAGUGCGUCAACACCCGAAGUGCCAGAUUUCAUGGAAGAAGUGGAGAUUCUUGGAGCAGCAGAUUCAGCCGAAAGUCACACUGAAUGUUCUGAGGGUAACUGUGGUAACGUAAGUGAAGUCGACCAAUCAAAUCAAUGCAAAAGUCCUGUGUUAACCAAUGGGAAUUCAGGAGAAGCAUCUAGUCAAGAUGAAGAGGUGGACAGUCCUAAGGCUUUUGUCAAAGACGUUCAAGGGGAACGCGAGACAUUCCAAACCAAAUCAAAUUUAAGUGACCACUGUGACUUUAACAAAAGUGAAGAUGAAAAUGGCUCAGACGUGCCUGUCGCAAGAACUGAGGAUGUGUCGCCUUGUAAACAGGGCGAUGCAAGUUUGGAAAUGAGUGAAAUGAAAGGGCCAGCGAAUACAAAACGGAAGUGCAAUUCCCGACCGAACAGUGCUAAGAGUUCCAGUAGUUACGAUGAGUGUGAUGGGGAUGGCAAGGGGGGUCGGAAUAUCUGGAGUAUUAUGUCCGACAGUAACGAUGACGCCAUGAAAGAUAGCUCCGCACCUAGUCCCAUGGGCGAGUCCUACGACCAAUCUCAUAAUCCAGUCAUUCACCAACAAGAUGGGUCAUGUGACACCCUCACAAACAAUGAGACUCUUGCCUUUGGACAAUCGUUUUUCACUGAUGCUGUACAGAACUCUAACUUCAGGAAGGACCACGACGGUGAAACCAACUCUAUGUUCAGUGAGGACAGUGAUAGAGAGCGAUGUCUCCAGUUUCUCCAUGUGCAAGUGUCCAGUUUGUUGGGGUCACUCAGUGCAGACGAUAAUAAGACCGGCAAAUCAUCAGACACCAGGACCAGCGGUCAGCCAGGCUCCAACCCCAACAAGAGGAGGAAAGCAAGGCGUUUCGCGCCACGCACCAAGAGGACGCGGGUGAGACUGACAGAUGAUGAGAAACUGGAGGAUGGCGUGGAGUGGUAUGAGGAAGAGACCUGUGCAGCCCCUGACUGCAGCAAGCCCAGAGACCGCAGGGUGCAAUGGGUCCAGUGUGAUGACUGUGACAAAUGGUUCCAUACUGUGUGUGCUGGUUGUCGCUAUGACGACGUCAAAGACUCAACAAAGCAGUUUCACUGUGGUUGUGGUUAGGUCGCAGAGGUCAGAAGACCAAAGGUCACAGGGGUCAGAGAGCAAAAGGUCACAGAUACAAAAAUACAUCACAGAUAAUCUUCAAUCAAAGCUCAGUCAUUGAUGCUUCUUGCUAAUGCACAAAGCAGGCUCGAUAAAUACUCAUCGAUUAUUGAAAUUGUUUUGCUGCUUGUUACCAUGGUUACUGUCACAAUAGGCUAAUUAUGAAUGCUUGAUGAAUGUUGCUGAAUUUGUAUUUUCACUGUAGAUACGAAUUGUGGUGUGGCUUUUUUUUUCAAUAUCUGAUUUUAAUAUUGCAAGGGCAGGGAUGAUUAUAGAUCUGGCCUUUGAUAGGUUAGAUGGGCGGGCCACUGUCCAUAUAACACAUCAGCAACCAUUUGAAAACAGAAAUUGACUGGACUCUAAGUUUCUUAUGAUUGCGCUUCGAAGAUGAGGAAUACCCUCUUUUCCCUUUACCGUUCUGCAUUGAAAGCACUGCCUUAUAAUGUCAUUGGAUAGUAAGGGUCGAAUUUUUUAACAGAGAUUUGUGUGUUGUAAUUUAUCCAGGGAAAGUGGCAACCGGGAUCUAGGGUAACAUCCUGAUAGCUGGUGCAUCAGGAGAUCUCAGCGGUUCAGUUUUGAAAUAUGCUAGAAGAUAGGGAUGGGAUGGGAUAGGGAUGGGAAGUUUAAAAGUGUAUCACAAUAUUUUCCUAUGCACAAGGCCGUAUUGCGAUACGUUUCACAAGAUAUUGUUUAACUCUAAAUUUUGAAUUCAGAAGCAUUCUGAUACAUUAAGGUGUAAAUUAAAGUUCAUAAAUGGAACAGGUGCUGGUACAACAUGAUGUUUACUCAGUCAAUAAAUACACAGACAUCUUGGGGCACCUGAUGCAUGCUGCAGGACAGCGAAGGUAUUUAGUAAAAAAUACAUGACAAACACAUGAUUAUAAUCGCUAUUAGAAAUCACCCUAUAUAUCAAACAUAAUAAAAUGAUAUUGUGAUACGUAUCGUGGAAAGAAUAAACCUUAAUUUACGGAUAAUACCGCACCCUUGCUAGAAGACAAAUGUAACUUAUUUGGUUUUAAAGAUUGCUGUUUUGCCAACUGGGUUCUCAACAAGGAGCUUUAAGACAGACCUAGGUUGUACGUAAUAGGCAUUCUGCCCUCUCAAGAUGGUGUCCGUUGGCAAUGCCGGCUGGCUGGAAAUUUUACUGUUGUUUGAAUAGAGUUUAUAAGAUUGGUUUAUUUUACAGAACAUUGACUGAUUGUCAUCCAAAAUGUUCUAAAGAACUUUUUUUUAAAUUUGAUAAUGAUAUAGAAUUGUUCUCUCAAAGGUUUUUGUUUCGAGCUAAAUCA